AUGAGUCUGGAUACUGGCGAGCGGGGACUGCGAAAAGAACAGUGGAGAGAAAGAAAGCGGAAGCGAAGGAGAAUUGUCUCUCCGCGUUUCUUCGCUUUCUUGGCUACGCCCCGCUCCCACUAUCUGAAAGCCUUAAACAGGCUAAGAGACCAAGUCAUCCUCCGAUUACCCGAAGUCGCUUACCCAAGGGUCGGAACAACAUGUAAAUUUCUUUGUAACUAUGGUAUAGUUAAAUCAAAUUAUGCUGCUAUUAGGUUAAAUCAUGUAGAUCAGAGCAAACUCAAUAACGUAGCUGUAGUAGUAAGGCGUAGUAUUCCGGAUACACAUGUUAUCACGAGUUAAUCUAUCCGUGGCUUCUUAACAAGACCACUUGAACAAACAGCAGCAAAUCGUAGCUUGAUAUUUCUUUGAGUGUGUGCAAAGCUUUCUCGUGUCGAUCCUGUGAGCUUUUAUGUAUAUUUCAUACAUUUUCAUCUUCUUUUUGACUUUCAUUUAUUCAUUUAAGUGUCGUCCAGGUUGUUCGAGGGGGAGGGUACCUUCACUGCUAUAAAAUUCACUUCCCAUAUUCCAUAUUUUCGCUUUUGGGGCUUCGCGAGGCCUCUUUGUGUCGACGGUGAGUUGCUACGGAUAGGGAAAAAAGAAAGCGAUUGCUUACUAUAAAAAAAUAAAUGGCAUUGCAGCCGCGAAGCCUCUGUGAAGAGAGUUCAGGGUGUACUUUGAGGUAUUUAGUCUAUAGUGGAACUUUUUCUUUGGAACACCUCUAUUCGAGGGACACCUUUAUUUAGGGGACACAAAAUUUGGUCCCGGAAAAAAGUUCACAUAAUCUUUGCAUUUAUUACCUCUAUUGAGGGGACACCUCUAUUCAGGGGCAAGAAAAAGGGACACUUUGUCUGGGUCCCGAAAACCGGGUUUAACAUCAUUCAGGGGACACUUUAGACCUCAAAAUUAAAAAGUGACUGACCACAAACAUCGUUAAGGGAAAAAUAUUUUGCUUGUUGGCUAAUUAUUAACAAACCCCAUACCAAACCUCCAUUCAGGGGACACGCUAUUUUGGGGACACUUGCCUUGGUUCCGAGGGUGUACCCCGAAUAGAGGUUCCCCUGUAAUUUCUUUAACGUUUAUCGGUGUUGUACCCCCAUAAUAUCGAGGGAAAAUUCCCGUGUUCACGUGGGUUCAAACUUCAUUUUGCAGCGGUAGCAAAAUUCUUCAACUGUGUCGACGGCAAAAGUAUGCUGUGCAUGUAUGUCAGAGCUGUAGUUUUUGGAUGUAUCUUCGUAACGGUGAGUACAGUUUCAAUUUCGCUUGAUUUUAGCUUUAGGAUAAAUCUUGUCUGCUUCUUAUGAUGUAUUGUGGUGAGAAGGAGAGCUUUUUAGAUUCAUGUUUUUAGUCACCUUUGUUUCAACACGAAAGGCUAGUGAAGUGGUCGCUGCCUUAUAAUUUACUUCCAUUUGCUUUGUUCCUUCGCUUAUCGCUUUAACACACUUUAGGGAAGGCCUGUAGAAGCAAUUUAGAAUUAAAUAUUUCUAAAAACAAGAGCAUUUUUUUCAACAUAGGCUUCAUGUGCAAGCCUGUGCAUGGCUGUAAUUUGAUGUUUGUAAUAAACAUCAUCGGUUGUUAAUUUCACUUGCGACCGAAAUGAAACGAACAAGUUGUUUUUAAAAUCCAUAUUUGUGUAUGAACUGAUCUUAAUCGUGUUCAGUUCGGUUGAGUCUGCGGUUUUUCGCUUGUGAAUCAACCUUUUCAGUUCGUAAGUUUUCGAACAGAAGCUUCGUGCGAACGCAAAAAAGCACAUGGCUCCGAAGCUCUGAAACAUAAUCUCGGACAGGAGACCACCACGACAGUAUCAACCCGAUACUGUUUUCGGGCCGCAACUCGCCAUAAAAAUUAUGAAUUUUGCGCUUAGAAAUCAUGGUAUAUUUAAGGCUGAUAGUCCAGUUCCUUGCAAAGAAUAGACGCAAUGUUUGUGAUCGAUAGGUGGGUAUGUUUUGAUUCGCGAUUUGCAUCGAUUAAACAUUAACGUGUAUACAUAUCAACGUACAAGCGAUAAUUUACACAUUUGUCGUUUUCAGCUUCGUUUAAUAUCUGUCUUGUUUAGAAAUACAAAGCGCGAUAGGAUUGAACUGUUGAUAAAAACAACGCAAAAGCCGUUAUUCGGAGCAGAAAUUAAUGGACCUUUUAACUUUGCCUGAGGACAAAUUCAUUUGACAAAUCGCUUUUAUUUGCUCUAUAUGAAUUGUGCACGCAUCAGUCAGGCGGAAUAAGAUCAAAGAAAAGAUAGCGCGUGAAUACAGACAUAAAGGAUGAUUCCCUCGUAAUUGUUCUUUGGUUUUCUUCAUGUUUUCUUCCAGAUACUAGGCUUAAACUGCUAGCAAAUGGUUCAUUUUGCCAGCUAGCACUGUCGGCCAUUUGAGGCGCCUCCCACUUUGCAUAAGUUUAAACUUGUCUGCUUGUGGAACAAUAACUUAAUAAUAGAACUUCCAAUUAGCCUUUGAAUUCGCUUCAUUGCUGCUCUUUGAAACACCAGUUGAGUGAAAACUGCACAAAGAAAAGCAAAAGCCGUAGAAUGUUUACUUUAUUGUGCUCUUUACAACACUACCGCCCGCUGAGCGACUCGUGCAAGCCCUGGUUUUGGCGUGCCGCGCUCGAGACAAACAGUGACUGCAGUACUCCUAAUACACAAUACAUUAUGAGGGCAAUGGCUGUAAAAUAGGCGAUAGAAAUUUUACUAACAGAAGAACUCACAGUGGGACAGCGCUCCGGAUCAAAAGGUUCAACUUUUGUAUCAAAAUUCACACAAAAGGAACAACAUAGUUGAAAUUGUUCGCCACCUGUGCGCAAGCCAGGAGUGAUGCCAUAAAAAUUAUUUGUUUAUAUCGCUUCCCUGAUCUUUUGGAAAUAUAAUUGAAAAUUGCAAUUAGACCGGAAUUGCAGCCACAAAUGCUAAAAAAAAAAAAUUCGGCGAGUUCUCACCGUUAUUUGGGAAGAAAUAAAAAGCUAUUUAGUGAAUAUUGCAGAUAUUGGCCAUGGUUCUUUUUAUGUUUCAGCGACGUCUGACCAGAUUUACAGUUCAAAACGUCUUGUUCUUUUUUUGAGGAUCAAAUUGCCCGAAGAGGCGGAAAUUCCAAUGGCCUUAACAUCUUUUAUUAUGGAACUGAAAUUUCAACACUAAAUGAGAAUUUGAAGUAUGGCGAUUACGGCAGUAUUGAGACCCCAAAACUAAUUAGCGACUACGCAAGACUCAGUCACAAGUUUUAAGUUUUGAAUUUCUCGGUCAUCCAGUUGUGAGAUUAAAGUAAAGCAGUCAGUGAUUUUAAGAUUACUUUUUGUCUUCGAUUUUUAAAAUCAAGGACAAGAAAUCGCUCCAAGUUGCGUGUUUGCAGUGUCAAAUUUCACAACCGGAAAUCAUACAUUCGUGAUCUGCACGGCGGGUAUUCGUUUUCCCAUAGGAAUAUAUGUCGUCAUGUUACGAAAAUUACUAUCACAAGCACGUAUCGCUAUUCUAAUAUGAUAGUUUAUGCCUUAAAAUUGGCGUAGAACGCUUAUAUAAUGUAAUGCUAUGGGCAAGCCGCCAGGUAUUACAUAGACUAUUUUUAAGUAAACAGGUCGAGAUGACCGUAAGAUCCAAAAGCGUAGGAUCAAGUGAUAAACACGGGAAACCGACGUACUUCAAAACUUGACGGAAAUCUACAAAACGAAAUAUGUAAAUACAAGUUGAUGUCUUGUUGAGAAAUGACAUUGUUAAUUUUGAUCACUGAGUGAUAUCAAAGUGUCUGACAUUACUUAAUUCUGUAGUGCUCGAGUGAAUCAGUAAUCAGUGCUGCCUUCGAUUUACGACCAGUCGCACAGGGCACGAACUGCGUCGUCUUAGGCGUUAACAAAACCUGGAUAAGAUCGGAUCGGAUCUACUCUUGUAUCUCACUAAAUGACAAAAGGUAAGAGAUAGGGUCACUGAGAAUGGUCCAAUACGAUCCUAUCCAGGUCUUCCAACGGCCCAUCGUCUAGCACAAGCAAUGUCAGAAAAUUGAACCUCUGGGACACUCGCAACCAGUAAAAAUUUUAUUAAUAUUUAUCAUAACACGUCCUGUGUAGGUUAAACACUUCACAUGUGGCAAAAUUACAUGGUCUGAAACUCAUUCCUAGAGGAACCCAGGGAACUAUCAGAGUCGGAUUCGGCCCGGAUGCUAUUUUUAAAAGACGAUAUGACAAAAAACGUUACGUCCAGUCCUUAUCCAACAAACCCUUUGGCAAACACAUACACAGUAAUAAAGCUAGGAGGUUUCAUGUGAAUGGGUACACAGACUCCAGAAGGUAGAUCAACCUUGAAAAAACUUGUCAUUUAAUAAAUGAUAAGGCUUGGGACUUUACUGUGGACUUAAAAUCGUGUAGAAAUCAUCUUGCAUCAAAUCAGUUUCAUAGCAACACAAAGCUAAGAUAAACUUUUCGUGGUUGCUGAUCAUAUUGGUCUAAAGGAAAUUAAUGACAAAAAUUAGUUGAGACAGCGUAAAUUUAUAACGGCUUUGUUUUUUGUUUACUCGCAUGGCCUGACAGACUCUUUGAUGUAACCAGUCAAGUGAGUUUUCUUUUGUCCUACUCUUAUAUUGUAAGUUCUUUCUUGUUCUGUGGACAAAAUUUUAUGGUGUGACCAUUUCAGUGAGGCACUGUAACUACUCUCGGAUCUUUUAGUGUCAGUUUGUCGACAAUAAACUAGGGUAAUAAUGACAAACGUAGGAUUCGUUCUUUAAAAGGCGGUAGCGACUACAGGUAUUUCACCAAAACUUGAAAGUAAGUCGCCUUCAAUUCAACACAGAAAGAGGUUUACAUCCGGUCUUUCAAUCGAAUGGCCCCAAGCGUGGUUUCAUUUUGUAAGGAACUAAUCGAAGUGCAGGAGGCAAGACACCUUGAAAGAAGCAUCAUGGUGGAUUUCAACAACAACUUCAUUCCUCUAAGCAUUGUGGGUAAUGACAAUUUCCUUAGAGGGUACUCAAUUUAUCACACUGCUUUCCCCAUAAAUGAGAUUGAAACAGUACAGACAACAAACCUGCAACUACAAAUUAAGUCGGUCAAUCGGUUUUCUAUUCUUCAUUGAUCGCCUCAAAACAAUUGGCACGUUUGCAGACUCUUGGCCAGACCUAGGCUCCGAUUCCUCAUCAUCAGCCCUGACUUGUGGUUGUUAUAUUUUGAUAAUGGUGUCUCAAUACCUCAUUUAACCGUUUAUCAUGAGACCUUAUUUACUGAUCUACAUGACAUGAACAUAUCUAGUUUUCAAGUUCCACACACUUUUACCUGACAGUCCAAGAUCCAUCUCUCAAUAGUGCUGUUGUCCAUAACCCAGCUGUGUGUAAUUUCCUGGAAACUUCCCAUCCCUCGUUGGCUUCAAAUCCUUGUAUUCCUUCUGUUUUUUCUGUGCUCUUAAUCACUUGGCCUACGGUAAGUUUCAACCGUCGUCUGCGAGAACGAGGGUGACGUUUCAGCCAGCGUUGCCCCUGUCGUGUUGUGCGAUAUCCCAUUGGUCUGGGCCUGUGGCCUUCUGUAUGCUUUUUUCACCAGAGCGUCGUCCACCUUUCUGACCAGACCGACUGUUCAGCUGCCCCAUUUGAUCGAGGGAGAUUAUAGAAUGAAAUCAUGGUGUGCUUUAGUCCAUAAUUCAUGUCCAUUAACCGAUACCAUUUGUUUGGCUAACCGUGUUGGGCAAAUACGGAGGGAUGGCUGUUUUCGCUGGCUAUUUCUUUGUGCUUUGUGUAGGAGGAAGCAGCGUGGCCGGAUGGUUAGAGCGCUGGACUUGAAAUUCGGAGGCCCCAAGUUCAAGUCUCGCUCUAACCGCUAGCUGGAUUUGUUCACGGUAGUCCCGAGUUCAGAUCCUCGACCACGCUUGAAAAUAGCCAGUUGGAAUUCUUAACCGCGUUAAGUUUGAUUUUAGGCAUUUGCUCGGCCACACUGGCGUUAGUGCUAUAAAUACUGCCGAGGGUAAAUAACGGAAUUAUUUAUUUAUUUAUGCUCGUCCCUACUUCCUGAAACAGGCUAAAAGUUUGUUAAUCUAGUCGUUUUCUUUGGGCUCUGUGAUUACGCAUUUCUAUAAACGUUCGUACAUAACUAGAAAUGCUUCCUUAUAAUAACUGACUUUGUUCGCGUCGUUCUGUCGGUAAUUCAUUGCCCUCAGAGAAAGCUCACUGAGCAUUUUAAUUUAAUUUUUUAUUAUUUUAUUUUUCGGCUGUUUCCUUUUUUCAGUUAAGGAGGGUCACGUAGACAAUAGCUGAUUAAACAACAACCCGGCGUUUGACAGCAUGCGACUCAGAAAAUUCCUCUUGUUGUAAACAUUACGAUAAUAGAUCACUUUUGGUUUCCUUAUUUAAUGGAUUAGUGUUAACACAAGAAGUGAUGUAUUGGAAGCAGCAGGAAAUAAUGGUUUUAGCAAACGUGUUUCUUCCCACUUCUAUAAAAAGACAAUGUUACCAUAAUUAUUUUACAUGUGACACUUCCGUUGUUAAAAACCCUUUGUUGGACCCAAAUUGUCUUGAUAACCAAAUCAGUAAUCGAACCUUGGCAAUCGCUUUAGGUUCCUGCCUGGGCAUGCAAAGUUCUGACGAGUGUCCCGUUCGAAAAGUCAAAAACAGCACACAGAAAUAGAAAAAAAUAUGAACUACAUGACAUAAACAUAUCUAGUUUUCAAGUCCCACACACCUUAACCCGACCGUCCAAGAUCCAUCUCUCAAUAGUGCUGUUGUCCAUAACCCAGCUGUGUGUAAUUUUCUGGAAAGUGCCAAUCCGUCUGUGUCUUCAAAUCCUUGUAUUCCUUCUGUUUUCUCUGUGCUCUUGAUCACUUGGGCUACGGUAAGUUUCAACCGUCGUCUGCGAGAAUGAGGGCGACGUUUCAGCCAGCGUUGCCCCUGUGGUGUUGGGCGAUAUCCCAUUGGUCUGGGCCUGUUGCUUUCUGUAUGCUUUUUCCACCAGUGUGUUGUUCACCUUUCUGACCAGACCGACUGUUCAGCUGCCUUAUUUGAUCGAGGGAGAUUAUAGGAUGAAAUUAUGGUGUGCUUUAGUCCAUAAUUCAUGUCCAUUAACCGAUACCACUUGUUUUGGCUAUCCGUGUUGGGCAAAUACGAGAGUAGCUGCUAAUAAAGUACCCUGUGAUAACUGAAGACAUUUGUCUUCCCUCGCGCCAAUUAAUGUUAGCAAGGGCUGUUGAUCCGUGACUGGUGUGCAUCUUGAAUUAUUUGAAAGGCCUUCCUUAAAAGCUUCGAAAGCUUUCUGGUAUUCCUGUUUCCAAACACUGGAAACCCUUUUGCAAAGCUUACACAGGGUUGCCAGCGUAAUGGUCAUCCCUCGUCAGGAAAGAAUGAUAAUAUUGGACUAUGACUAGGAACGAUCUCAGUUCACUUACUGCUUUACUUACAUUUCAAGGGAUUGGUCUCUUUUUCUGCAGUGAUUUUCUGUUCUUCAGUGGUAUGGUAUUAUGACGGUUCUCCAGGACAUCUACAAUAUCGACGAAUUGUGUCUUCUUGCGUUUGAAUGGCACCAGGAGAAUUUUGACGAGCUGCAACUGCUGUCAGGAGAGGAAUCUAACUCGUUUUCUAUCCUUUCUUCUUCUUCUCUUGAGGGCUACCCUUCUCUGUUGUCUUCCUGAUAUUAGCUCUGAAAAAUACUUUCAUUCCUUCCACCUGAUUCACGACGCUCGGUAUAUAAUGAACUCGUCGCUAGGAACCCUAGAAACGAGAAGGGAUGGCUGUUUUCGCAGGUUAUUUCUUUGUGCUUUGUGUAGGAGGAGGCAGCGUGGCCGGGUGGUUAGAGCGUUUGACUUGCAAUUCGGAAGCCAAAGCCCCGAGUUCAAGCCCCGCUCUAACCGCUAGCUGGAUUUGUUCACGGUAGUCCCGAGUUCAGAUCCUCGGCCACGCUUGAAAAUAGCCAGUUGGAAUUCUUAACCCUGUUAAGUUUGAUUUAGGCAUUUCCUCGGCCCCACUGGCUUUAGUGCUAUAAAUACUGCCGAGGGUAAAUAACGGAAUUAUUUAUUUAUUUAUGCUCGUCCCUACUUCCUGAAACAGGCUAAAAGUUUGUUAAUCUAGUCGUUUUCUUUGGGCUCUGUGAUUACCCAUUUCUAUAAACGUUCGUACAGAACAAGAAAUGCUUACUUGUAAUAACUGACUUUGUUCGCGUCGUGCUGUCGGUAAUACAUUUCCCUCAGAGAAAGCUCAAUGAGCAUUUUAAUUUAAUUUUUUAUUAUUUUAUUUUUCGGCUGUUUCCUUUUUUCAGUUAAGCAGGAUCACGUAGACAAUAGCUGAUUAAACAACAACCCGGCGUUUGACAGCAUGCGACUCAGAAAAUUCCUCUUGUUGUAAACAUUACGAUAAUAGGUCACUUUUGGUUUCCUUAUUUAAUGGAUUAGUGUUAACACAAGAAGUGAUGUAUUGGAAGCAGCAGGAAAUAAUGGUUUUAGCAAACGUGUUUCUUCCCACUUCUAUAAAAAGACGAUGUUACCAUAAUUAUUUUACAUGUGACACUUCCGUUGUUAAAAACCCUUUGUUGGACCCAGAUUGUCUUGAUAACCAAAUCAGUAAUCGAACCUUGGCAAUCGCUUUAGGUUCCUGCCUGGGCAUGCAAAGUUCUGACGAGUGUCCCGUUCGAAAAGUCAAAAACAGCACACAGAAAUAGAAAAAAAUAUGAUUGACAUUAAGCCCCGGGCGAAAGGUUAUGUCACUACGUUUUAUGUUUUCAUCUCAUGAUCGUCGUUGUUUAAACUUCCAAACGAAACACCAGGAUGUGUCCUGCUUCGCUCGGUUUUCUCAACGUAAUUGCUAUUUUACUAUGCGGAGGACAGUUGUGGUCAUAUUUUAAUGGCGUCAAAGCCCAAGAAAAGGUUUGUACUUUAGCACUUCCCCCCACGAGAGCAUCACGUAGAGCUGAUGGGCAUAGCUUAACUUUUAUCUUUGCUCACGUAUCUUGUUCGAGAGGAAACUUUCCCUUUCUCACUUUUUUGGGAUUUAUCAUCUCACAUUUUGUGAAGUGGCAUGGUUUUUCAGCAGUUCUGUCACCGAAUCUCAUAAGUUUUUCGACUUGCAGAUAAAAUUUACGAGAAUCGAAUGAGAUACAUUUUCUAACCGCAUUAUUUUCAAUUGCUGAAUUUCUUGCGUCGUGUUUAUAAGCUAACAUGGAUACAAGGGACANAUUGUCUUGAUAACCAAAUCAGUAAUCGAACCUUGGCAAUCGCUUUAGGUUCCUGCCUGGGCAUGCAAAGUUCUGACGAGUGUCCCGUUCGAAAAGUCAAAAACAGCACACAGAAAUAGAAAAAAAUAUGAUUGACAUUAAGCCCCGGGCGAAAGGUUAUGUCACUACGUUUUAUGUUUUCAUCUCAUGAUCGUCGUUGUUUAAACUUCCAAACGAAACACCAGGAUGUGUCCUGCUUCGCUCGGUUUUCUCAACGUAAUUGCUAUUUUACUAUGCGGAGGACAGUUGUGGUCAUAUUUUAAUGGCGUCAAAGCCCAAGAAAAGGUUUGUACUUUAGCACUUCCCCCCACGAGAGCAUCACGUAGAGCUGAUGGGCAUAGCUUAACUUUUAUCUUUGCUCACGUAUCUUGUUCGAGAGGAAACUUUCCCUUUCUCACUUUUUUGGGAUUUAUCAUCUCACAUUUUGUGAAGUGGCAUGGUUUUUCAGCAGUUCUGUCACCGAAUCUCAUAAGUUUUUCGACUUGCAGAUAAAAUUUACGAGAAUCGAAUGAGAUACAUUUUCUAACCGCAUUAUUUUCAAUUGCUGAAUUUCUUGCGUCGUGUUUAUAAGCUAACAUGGAUACAAGGGACAUUGACAUGUUGGAUCAAGUAAAACACCCUUGGGCCGCACGCAAAAAGUGGCUGCCCUUUGUUGUCAUCUUACGGCAAAAAGAGACAAUUAGGAACUUGUUUUACUGGAAUAAGAAAAAUGUUUAUUUAUUUUCUGUUCGGAAUCCUUCGUUCCUUUCGCCUAAUUCUAACUGUAAAAUGAAAGUACAAGACCUAUUUGGCAAUCAGUUCAGUAUACUGACUUAAAAAAAAAACAUGACUUCGUUGAAUUUCCUUGUCUUUUGACUGAUAAAUAAGUAACACAAUUUCUGCUUGGCGUAAUUUUAAGUUCAAUUUCAUGAUCUCAAAUAUUUUGCAAGCUCAGCGUCUCUUUGAAAUCCAAUAAUGGCCAGGAUGAAUGCAUACCUUGUCGUGUUAAGCCCACCAUUUGAUACGACAUUUGUUUAUCGGGUUUUUCAGCGGAAAUUUCUAGCCAAAGUCCACGCUAAUGCAACUUUCUGUACAAAGUACGGACAAAGUUAAAAUUCAUAAACAGAAAUUUCACUGAAAGUUUCAUUUCUUUCUUUUUUUUUUACACCCCGCAAAAGCAAAAAGCCAUUUAAAUCGAAUGAUUGAUGGCCUACGAAAACAGCCACGCUCCUCGCCUGCUAGGGACGUUUCGCCUGGAGAAACUCGGCGAAGAGCAAGGAGAGCUAGCGCUUUUCGCAGGCUAAAUGACUGACGACAGAGGAAAGCUAACUUCAGCUACAAUGAAGACGCGUUCAAUGCUUGGUUGAUAUUACAGCCAUCUUUCCGAUAACCGCUGAAAAAAAUGAGACUUUAUAACUGACACCAUGUUGUUAACGCUGUUAGUGUUUAAAGUCGAAUGUUUUCUGGUUCUAUCUCGGUUCUAUCUCCGUCAAGGAACUCGGACCAAGGCAUGCAGCGAAUGAAUAUUUUAGAAAAUGUCUCGAAUGAAAGGACAGCAUUAACUGUCCUAUUUACGUUAUAUAUCUAAAGUUCCAGUUGACUUAGUGUACCAUAAUCGUCUGAAAUCAUCUCCCUUUGCAAAUCCUCAAGCGUUGUGUGGUUAUAUUUUUCAUAGUGGUCCCCAAAAAAUCAAGCAGGUUCUUAUAUGUGGGUAACAGGUAAAUUAUGAUAAACGUUUUAGCCAAGGAGUUUGACUUCGAGAUUGCCAAGUGAUAUUACAAGAAAAUACUGCAAUAAACUGUCAUUACAAAUAGAAGCAUUACUGGUAAUUCCUACAACGAAAACAUGUUUAUAAAAAGUUCAGAUUGUAAUUCCCUUCAUGUACUUUGCAUCAAUGAGGUUACAAUAAGUACUGUAUAUUUAGGACCAAUCUCAAUUUUCUUUAUAUUUCUUGUAGUCAACAAUUAUACCUCGUUGAGAGAAAUUAUGAACCUGAUUAUGGACCUACUUAGCCUAAAUUGCCAAUAACUACCCCAAAAUAGAAGACUCGUUUUGGCCAGGCCUUGAAAAGGUGUAGGUUCUUAUACGCUGGUGUAUAUUGUAUUAAUCAACUUUUCAUUUUUACUGUUUUGUUCUACAGAGUAUAUUUGCAGUUAAUUGCCCCAAAGGAAGUUUUAUUUCAAGCGUUGGCUGUACGCCAUGCCCAGAGAACGAGUAUUCAGACUCUGUAAAUAGCACAAAGUGCUGGAAAUGUGAUGAGUGUAAGGGAAGGCACAACCUUGUAACUCGCGUCUGCAACUCUACUUCGAAUACGAAAUGUGCGUGCGAACCGGGCUUCUACUGGGAUGACGCCCUUUUCUGUUUAAAAUGUGAUCGCUGCAAGAGAGGACAUGGAAUGGUCAAAAACUGCACAUCUGACAGUAAUACCGUCUGUGAACAUUGUGAACACGUAAGGAGGAGACGUAUUAUUCAUUCUGUGUUUUUAUAGGAGGCAGCGUGGUCGAGCGGUUAGGGCGCUGGGGCCCAUUUCUCGAAAGUCCCGAUAAUUAACGGGCCCGGUAAGCUGUCUCGGUUUCCAUUAAAGAUCGAGGUUUCAGUAGUUUUGCAUCUAAAAUGAUAAAACUAUCAGUUAACGAAACAAAAUGAAGUUGUUUGCCAGCCAGGACCCGCGCUCUUAUUCUUUUUAUUUCGAUUUGAAUAUUUGAUUUCGGGCCCGAAAAGAUAACGGCACUUUCGUGAAACGGGCCCCUGGACCUGUAAUCCGGAGGCCCGAGUUCAAGUCCUGCCCUGACCGGUAACGGGAUUUGUCCUUGGUAGUCCCGAGUUCAAAUCCUCGGCCACGCUUGUAAAAUAGCCAACUUGUUCGCCUCCUGCCAGUUGGGAUUCUUAAGAUAAUUAUGUUCCCUUUGAACUAUUGGACAGGUUCAUUCUUCCCAAAAAGCCCUAUAUGGGGAGAGGAUAUACAGUCGACUCCCAAUAAUUCGAACCCUCAAGGGAAAUCAAAAACAAAUUCGAGUUAUCGGGAGUUUGAAGCAAGUAACCGGAAGUAAGGAAAUAAGCAAAUGGAUGGGAAAGAAAGGCAAUUAAGUAACAAAGUAUACGGGGAUGGACACUGAAUUUGAACUGGAGUGAACAAAAAGGAAAGACAAAGAUUUACUCGGUUGUUUUGAAAUAAAUUCAACGUUUCGGACUUCAGUACACGGUUUUUUUCCCGACUUGUCACGCGCUUAUAACAUUGUUCGAGUUAUCGAGGGUAAAAUUGUAUAGAAAUGAGCUGAAGGGAAACAAAAAUUGCUUUGAGUUAGCGGAAGCUAAGGUUUGAGUAAACGAGGGUUCGAGUUACCGAGGGUAAAAUUACAGUAAAUGUAAGAGGGAAAUCCAGGGGAAAUCGACUUUGGUUCGAGUUAGCGCGAGGUUCGAGUUAGCGAGGGUUCGAGUUAUCGGGAGUCAACUAUAUUGAUAAAGCUUUAGAUAGACUAAAGCUUCUGUUUUAGGACCUCUUUAUCUUCAAGUUCAACUGAUUAACCCUUUAAGUACCCAAAGUGGUCAUAUCCAUUUUUUCCCAACAAAAACAACAACAUCAGUACACCAUCAACAGAAACGAUUAUGAGAAUUAAUCUCUUAACAAAUCCAACUUAUUCCUUAAGGAAAUGUAUCAAGCACAGACUGGAGAAUUUGUAAGUGCAUAUUGGGCCUUAAAGGGUCAAGGAAGAUGAUGAUGAUGAUUAUUAUUAUUAUAAUUAUUAUUAUUAUUAUUAUUAUUAUUAUUAUUAUUAUUAUUAUUAUUAUCUAUUCUGUCACAGUCUUUGCUGGUGUUCUUUUUCUGCAUCACCCGGGUGCAAACCAUGCACCUGGAGCAUCAGUCACUCAAGUCAAUCAUUUUCUGUUCAUACACUAAGCACCUUCCUAAGGAGAUCCCAGCAUGCAGAUCUCUUGGGUCUCUGUCACAGUAGCUCUCUCUGAUACUUUCUUGGUGUUUUCUACCAUUCUCUUAACUGUACCAAGCUCACCAACAUAUUAUUAUUACUAUUAUUAUUAUUAUUACGAAUGUGCUUCCAAAAGCACUCUUAACCAUCGCUGCUCUAGGAUGAUCAUAUUUCUUCAUCAGUUUCAUUCUUAUUUCAGGGUAAGACUUACUCUGACAAGAAGGACUUUAACUCGUGCAGGAAUUGCUCGAUUUGUCCAGAUGGCUAUUUUGAACAGAGAAGAUGUUCUAGAAAAAACGACACCAUUUGUCUGAAGGACACAGAGCAGAAUAAAUCUAAGAAUAAUUGGAAAAUCGACAACCGUGGAAGGUCGUCUGGGUCGAGGCAAAGAGGAGGAUCGAAACCAAGAUUAAAAAAUAAAAACAGCACACAAUCGCCAAUACCGCUUUCAACUAAUACAUCAUCAAAAAGUAAGUGCAACCUUUGUUGUCUUUCCUCUAAGACAUAGAGUCUGUCACAUGUUAAUUGAGAAGAAUUCCAUGUAGACGAUAGGCCCAGCUAUUAGGAAGCUUAAGCAACGACGACGACCGUGUAAAACGUCGCCAGUAAAACGAAUUUACGUCCUUUCAAACUUAAUCGCGUCUAUUUGGACCGCUCAAUUUGUCAAAUGAAGGCACUUUUUCCUGACUUGAACAUUUAAUCCAUCUUCAGGAAGAGAAAGGAAAAUUCGUCCUCACAUGUUUACGUCCUCAAUAAAACGUGGUAGUCAUGUAGUGGACGUCAAAGAUGUGUACUGAAAGGCAUUAUACACGUGCAGAGUUGUUAACCAUAACAAGUGUUGGUCCUUUAGACUUAGCAUCCACGUACUUGUCAAUUCUCGUAACCUAUUCUUUUGACUAUGUAGUGAUAUUGUUAGAACGAACUUUCUCAUCAACGACUGCAUGAUGUUGGGCAAUCUUUGGACUUAAGGAGCUGUGUCACGACAUUUAUCAAAAUUCUAACAGUAAGAACCGCCACCAAAGUGAGGAAAACUUAAAAAUAAUCGCUCAAAAUAUUAAAAGAAGAUACACAUAGCACGGCAAAUAUAAAAGUAGGCAUGGAUGGACAAACUAAAAGAAGAUUAAAACGGAUUGGAAUUGUGGGUUUUUGAAAACUUGUUAGCCUGUAACAGUUUCUCAAAGUUCAUUUUUGUUGUUUGUAACGUUUGUUACAAUGCUUUGGAGGUAUAUUUGUUGGAAAUGAAGCUGUGAUUCUGUCGUUUACAAGUAAAUUCUUCCUUAACAUUACGCUCAAAAGCGCAUAAGAAAGGGGAUCUGGAUGGGGUUACCUCGAUAACACUGAACACUUAAUUUUUUGGCUUUGUAACAUGAAACAGUUAAAUUUUAGGCAUUUUAAAACUAACAGUAAAAAAUUAUUUGAAACAGUAAUUUUUUUCUAGAACAAGCAAAAGCGACUCCAAAAAGGCCAAUAUUAUUUCGUUUAAUAUGUCAAGGAGUUACGACAAUUCCGGAUUAUUUCAGAAGAUUUCCGAAGGCUACCGACCAUCCCCGAAGACUGUCGAAAAUUUCCAAAGACUAACGAAGAAGUCCGACCAUUGCAGAAGAUGUCCGGAGGACCCUCCAAACACUUCACUGUAUUUUCUUCGGAAACAGUAAACAUUAAAAAAUUGGCCAAUUUAAAAAUCAUGGGCAAAUAACACUAAACACUAAACCCCACUCAGACCCUCAAGAAAGCGCAAUUGGUAAUAUUAACCAAAAAAUGAACCAGACAGUUGUGACACAGUCCUUUUAAGGGUAGAGAGAGUUGAUUGUACAUUCUUUUGCAACAAUUGUGUUGUUUUGUUUUAGCGUUUGACGGAUCCUCCUCAUUAAAAUCCACGGAGAUGGUAACCACAGGGAGUGAAAUGGAUCUAGUGAUAGCUCUCGGUGUUGUGAGUGGUUUUGCCUUCCUGGUUCUUAUAGUAACACUUUCUCUGAUGUUCUUCAUACGGAGGAAAUCUAGAAAGUCCACAAAGGAUAAUGACAAAGGUGAGACUUUCAACAGUGGUGUUAAUGAAAUUUUCCAACGAGGGGGCAAACAAAUGGCAAACUAAACUUCGUGGUCUGUUUACCUUGUGCGCUACCAGACACGGUUAAAUCUGUCGUAACUAAUGAAUUUACGACAACGCCAACUUCCCUAAAUUCACAGAAAAGUAACAUUGAACAGUGUAUGAAAUAUAAAACUAGUGAAUCGUUUUCAGACAAACUAAAGUCAGGCUUUGUUGAAUUUAGUGCUCUUCUGUUCUGCGUAUUUUUUGUUUGUCUUUUGUUAGUAGUUUGUCUUCAUUUCUUGAAACGUUACAUUCCAUUGGGGUGAGGGUGUCUGAACUUAUACCCUAGAUUACUGACAAAAAUACGAAAAGGAUAACAACAGCUUUUUCCUACCUUAUUGUAACGUUGUCCAAGCUACUGCCAAACAACUAAGAAAGCCUAGAAUUAUGGAUUGUUCUGAAGAGCAAGGGCAUGGUACAAUACAGAGAGAUCAUUUCAUCUCUUUUGCAUGCCAAAAUAAUUGGUAGCUGAAUUUGCGUCUAUUUAUCCUUCGUUCGCCACUGACUUUUCAUUUGUCUUUCAUCAAACCUACAGAAAGAGUGGAGGAUCCAACGCCGUCUGCUUCGGCUACAGAAGUCGCUCGAGAGAACCCUUACACAUCUCUUCCGCACAUUGGCACCGGUCAAGGUUGGUUAAUUGUCAACUCUCAUACUCUUGGUGGAAUUUUUACAGCGGUGAAACGUGAAGCUCAUGUGUAGCUCGUGUGUGAAUAUUGUAGGCUUCCAUAAGGCUUCAAACAAAGGGCAUCCACAACGCCUAGAAAUCGUCAUUGUAGCAUCAUUCUACACUGUAUCCUCUUUGCUUUGUCUCUUUUCGUACUUUUGAGACAACCAUUCCGACCCAUCUUUUUCACGGUCCAUACUCAUCCUGUCCAUGCUCUUCUCCAAUUUAGCAUCUGUUUUCAUCUUCCUAUCUUUUUACACAAGGAAUCCGAGAGCUGGACCACAACAUCCAAAUCGGUUCGGUUCCAGCUUGCUCGGCAAUGACUACCUCUGUCAAGUUCUCUGAGUCACAGAGGUUGAUUUUACCAGUUUCACCUGUAGGAAACAAAACGAAUGAAGUACCCGAAGUAACAGGUUCAAGAAGUGAGAAGAUAUGGAGGAACACCGUAACGGCUGAGGUCAAUUGCUGCUGCCCAAAUUUUACUUUGGUUAGCAAGAAACGCUGGUCCUUGCGUGGUGGAGGCUGAAGCUUGUCUAAAUCACAUCUGGUAUUUUUUNGUGGAGGAUCCAACGCCGUCUGCUUCGGCUACAGAAGUCGCUCGAGAGAACCCUUACACAUCUCUUCCGCACAUUGGCACCGGUCAAGGUUGGUUAAUUGUCAACUCUCAUACUCUUGGUGGAAUUUUUACAGCGGUGAAACGUGAAGCUCAUGUGUAGCUCGUGUGUGAAUAUUGUAGGCUUCCAUAAGGCUUCAAACAAAGGGCAUCCACAACGCCUAGAAAUCGUCAUUGUAGCAUCAUUCUACACUGUAUCCUCUUUGCUUUGUCUCUUUUCGUACUUUUGAGACAACCAUUCCGACCCAUCUUUUUCACGGUCCAUACUCAUCCUGUCCAUGCUCUUCUCCAAUUUAGCAUCUGUUUUCAUCUUCCUAUCUUUUUACACAAGGAAUCCGAGAGCUGGACCACAACAUCCAAAUCGGUUCGGUUCCAGCUUGCUCGGCAAUGACUACCUCUGUCAAGUUCUCUGAGUCACAGAGGUUGAUUUUACCAGUUUCACCUGUAGGAAACAAAACGAAUGAAGUACCCGAAGUAACAGGUUCAAGAAGUGAGAAGAUAUGGAGGAACACCGUAACGGCUGAGGUCAAUUGCUGCUGCCCAAAUUUUACUUUGGUUAGCAAGAAACGCUGGUCCUUGCGUGGUGGAGGCUGAAGCUUGUCUAAAUCACAUCUGGUAUUUUUUUAGUGGUCAGGUAGGGCGUCAGGCUUUAUGGCCUGCCACAGGUAACUAUGUAACCCGGUACUUCUUGAACUUCUGCGGAGAGGAACGAGUGGAAGAGAAGAGUUCACCGAUACCGCUGAUCCAGAGGAGAAGUGGCAGAAGGGAGGUCAAACAAUUGGAAACGCCUCAUCACAAGCGUGGAUUAGUGUAAUCCCCUUGGAUCAAUACAGCCAACUACAUUCUUCUCCACUACAUCGCUUGCUCUGAAAAUACUUUGCUGAUAUUGUAAAAUUUAUCUCGUACUGUAAUGAGGAUAGUAUGAAGUUUUUAACGGUAUAUCGGAACUGGUCUUCUCUGCAACCUGGAGGAUGGAUUUGGUUUGUGCCUUAUAGCUUGCGAGAAAGAGGCCUUGUAAUGCGAGCACAGCAACUAACCUUGACGAACGGCAGAACUCAUUUUAAUGUGGAUUGACGAAACGGUGACGGUGAUUUGCUUGGUGGAAUUCCAAGGAUACCACGUGAUCUUCCUGUCUGCAACUCAUUCCCAACCAGUGCGAUUGUAUUAGAUCCUUAUUGUCCUUGGGAACAGAAAGCAGUUGGUGCUGGUCAGGUUCCAUGACGUAUUUAAAACUUUGGAGGAUUGUGCGAACGGUUAAAAUCUGAGUACCCUACGAGGUAUUAAAAGGUCAAACGCAUGACUCCUAUCAGAUCGCACUAAGUACGAGAUGCCCUUUCUUGGGCAAUUUAAAAGGAAAGCCCUUUACUUUUCUAAUGGAACUUUAAUUUUUUUUCCUAAACGUCAAGGAAAAAAGAUUGUGAACUUGCUGUCUUUGUUGAGGAAUUGAUUUUUAUGCCUGCCUGCCUGCAUACUCCAGUGGCCUUAUUGACUUUUGUCCCUAGACAACCAAACCAUUCGCUUUGGGUAGGGGAUUUUUCGUGGAGCACAUGGCUUUCUUUUUCUUGCAACCAGUGAUCACUUUCUCCUCAACCCUCUUGGGUUACAUGCAGUGAAACCCGUAUUCAGCGGAUCUGCCUUAAGCGAGCACUUUCUUAAGUGCCGACAUUCAUUUCCCUUAAUGACUGAAACACUGACCUGUGUUGAGUGGUCACCUUUAUUCGGCGGUCACGGUCACCUUUUCCGUGGUCCAAACAAGCUAUUUUCUAUUGCCUUCACCCUUAUGAAACGGUCACUUUGUCAAGAUGUACCACACAAGUGCAAUAGAUACAAUGAGCAUCACAUUCAGUCGACUUUUCAUCCUUUCUUUUGGCACAAAAACGGGUAGAAACACUUUGAGUCCAACUUGACAAGUUAUGGAUAUUUCGCUUUGUCAGCAACUAUAUUUUCUUGAUAAACUUUAGGGUCUGUCAAACCUUUAUUAAGCGGUUUGUUGGCUGUUCCCCAAGGUUGACCGCGUGAAGCAAAACUGACUAUACCGUCACACAGUGUAAUCUAAUGUCUGACAGUCUUCGUCGUUGUCGACGCAUGGAGUGGAUUGUUUAAAAACGCGUCAUUUGUCUUUUGAGCUUGUCAAUAUUUACCUGAUUGGUUGUCACGAUCUUAGCCGUUGGUUUUCCUUUCCCGUCUUCGUAACAGCUUUAUGUGUGAAGUACAUCUGUAUCCUUCCCAUUCGUAGACAAACAGAAACUUGCAUGUGUUUUUACGCUUGACCGCUGUAACCUGUAUCGCAUGGAAUUUACGCGACAUUCACGGUGCGCCUUUCUACCUUUUUAACAUACAAAAUUUUGAUUGAAAAGGACGCGUGGAAUAUCAGUCGGUGCCAAAUAGCUGGAACCAUGUAACACGCUUCUUUUUUAAACUAAUCUUUCUUAUUCACACGCAUAUUUUUCUAUGUCGCGUAGAUUUCCUGUUGAAACCUGCAAUGUAAUGUAAUGCCUUUUGACUGUUUAAAGGGCAUUUAGUAGUUAAUAUGCGAGGUUGACACUUCUAGCAUUGGUCAUCUUGCAUACGUCUUGCUCUUCAGCCUUAAAUCUGGUCAUAGCUGAAGUCAGUCGUUCGGUUUGCAGACUCUUUUCCUUUACAGUCAGGCUGCGUGUUUCCCGUUCGCUUGAGUUGAGCUGACUCACGGUUUAGGCUAUGUAAGUUAGCUACAAGGAAGUAAAUGUUGUGGUUCAAAAAUUUUGGUUUGAAAUUUUCCAACCCAGUUAAGUAGAAAAUAAAUAGAAACUGGUUUCGAAUAUUUCAAACCCCCCAAAAUUUUAACCACAACAUAUAAUAGCGAAAGACAUUCUAAACCUGACGUCUCGAGAGCUAGCCCAUCGUAAGCAUUUUGGGGUGCUAUGCUCUAACCUCAGUUCAUUAUCCCCUUGUUUACCCAUUUGUCUCGAAACAUUCUUCUGUUUUCCGACGCCAUAUUUUUGUGUAGCAAAAGUAACAUUAUGUUGUCGGACAUAUCUAAAGGGUUUUAAAAGAAUUAAAUUUUCCAGUCCCUCUAGCUGCCCUUGUCACGAUGUCCCAGUUGAAACUGCACACGAGGCAGCGGGAGGGCGGUUUUGCGGAACGGGGUUUUAUGUUUUCAAAAAUGCGAAUCCAGAACGUUCACUGUAGUUUUGCCGUUUUAAACUCCCACAUCAAAUAUGACGCCAGAACCCAGUAGUGACCAGUCAGCGGGACAAGUAUCCGUUUCAUUCCUUUACUUAUGCAGCUGAAAUGUCACCGUUUCUUCAGAUACUAAUUCUUUAUGCAAUGCUAAGUAAAACCACGCUAUCUGUACUAACCAUAACGUAAUUUAAGGUUUGACUGUUUAGACUUGGAAUUCUGUUUUUGCUCUGUUGUACCUUUGGAAGUGGGGUCCUGCACGUUUGGAGAGACUUGUGGCAGUGUUGUACCUUUUAUUUCUUUGGCGCCUUCAAGUACCUGCUUACUCUUGUGGUUCGUCUUGGCCUUCAUCAUCCACACUAUCAGCCAAAGCCUCGUCUUCGGGCUCAUGGAAUGUCUCUUUACAUAGCAGAAGCCGUUAUAUCCAGCGAUGCAAACAGUUUUGAAGAAUCGAAUGUGUUCGAAUCAUCUGCAAAUGCUGAUUUCCUUAUCGCUGACAAGUGUUCCUGGGAAACUGAAAAAAUUGCUGUACCUUCCAGGGUCGCGCUCAAGAAGAGAUCUGCCUGUGGUACUUCCUGACGUGAAAGGAAAGAUUUCUCUCAUUUGAUGCACCGUAAUGCCAGCUGGAAGAGCUUCAAACUCGAUUGUCGUACCAACAAAAAACAACGAAUUCAGGAUUUGCAAACAGUACUAGGUGGUCAUUAGCUAAAUAGCAAAGUCAGCACCUACCUCUCAACUCAAAAUCAUCCGAAGACCUUGCCUUUCACUGGUUUAUUCAUGUUUUGACGAUUUGAACCUGUUUGGCCCUGUUAGGAAAACCAGCAACCCAUGACAAAGUGUACCUUCCGCAGUUUCUUUCACUAGCUUUUGUGCCCAGGCCGGUCCUGUUUUGCCUUUAUUCCUUCUAGAAUCAUCGUUUCUAGGUUAUUGGCAUAAACAGUACUUCCUAGUAGCUGGUAAACAAAACCGAAUGGAACUGUGCAGCUACAUGAGGGCCAUGGAAAUCACUGGAACAAUAUUUGUACUCCUGUACACUUAUCACUUUGGUGACAUUAUCAAACUAGCUUUCUAAAUGCNUCAUUAGCUAAAUAGCAAAGUCAGCACCUACCUCUCAACUCAAAAUCAUCCGAAGACCUUGCCUUUCACUGGUUUAUUCAUGUUUUGACGAUUUGAACCUGUUUGGCCCUGUUAGGAAAACCAGCAACCCAUGACAAAGUGUACCUUCCGCAGUUUCUUUCACUAGCUUUUGUGCCCAGGCCGGUCCUGUUUUGCCUUUAUUCCUUCUAGAAUCAUCGUUUCUAGGUUAUUGGCAUAAACAGUACUUCCUAGUAGCUGGUAAACAAAACCGAAUGGAACUGUGCAGCUACAUGAGGGCCAUGGAAAUCACUGGAACAAUAUUUGUACUCCUGUACACUUAUCACUUUGGUGACAUUAUCAAACUAGCUUUCUAAAUGAGGUUGGGACCACUUCAAGAUGGCAUUGCGUGGCACAACUUGUUCGUCAGACUUUUAACUUGUCGAGACAUGGUUCACAACACUUAACCUUAUGAUCCACAUCAGGGCUUGGUAGAAGCCGCGCAUCACGAGCAGCGUUCACUUCAAGCUUGUCGCUGGUCCUGCAGAACUUUCAAACUACACCAAAAUAUUCUUCUUGAAUCCAACCAGGAUUCCCCUGUGGGCACGAAUCUCUGAAGAUAAAUUCGAUAAUCAUUAGCGGUAAUACGGCGUAUGCUUUUCAGUCCUGGCGACGAGUAUCACGACAUUACAGAAUCAAGAUGCUCGAAUCACUUGGUUUCUUCUUAUUUCCGUAAAUAGUCAACAGAAAAGAGUUGGCAGUUGCAUUUAUCCUCAAAAUCCCUUCCCAGAGGUUCACUAGUUGUUGCCAAGUUAUUGACCAAUCCAAGGAUCACGAAUGUUUGGAAUUCGAAUGUUGGUUUGUUGUCAAGAGGCCAGAGGCAUCCUUAUGGUACAUUACACCUCUGGUUUUUUUGCACUUCAGCUGUGGCCAACGUCCACGCGUGGAGCACACACGUUUUCUUUGGAUGUCCUUCUACCCAAUUUUAUAGUCUAAACGGUUUGCUGGGGCUGAAACAUCUUCUCUUCAUCUACACACUGAAAACGGCUGGGGCUUUUUCCGUGCCUCAACGUAAUAAAGCUGGCACCCCAACUUCAAAUUUACCCUCAUUACUGCUUUUGGCUGGCCGAGGUUGUGGCUGCCCAUUUAGGAAGUCUCUCUGUGUUGGGUAAGGUCAAGUUGUUGUCCUAUUGCAAUGAGGUGAUUAUGGCGUCUCCAAGGACCUAACUUAAUGGCUAUACUGCAUAACCCACUCCUUGUCUUUUAUCCAAUUGUACAGUCGAUGGUAGCUGACUCCCUCUCCCUUCAAUUUCAGGGCCUGGGGAAACUGGCCCCCCAAGCAGACCGACAGACGAAAGUGAUUGUUCCCAACCUCAUCGGCAAGAUGCAGGUAGUCCAACAAAUCGAUGCCUUUGUUCCCUUUUUGAUGAGAUACCCACAUCAACUCGUCGAAGUUAUCAAUCCGCUCAACGCAGAUAUAUUGCGUUUUGCAAGGCUGAGGGUAGGACGACUCCCAAUGGCUCCCCGCUCCCAGCAGACGAACGGACUCUGAUGCAUUUUUGUACAAGGCUGGUCGACAAUAUGAAUCCGUAUUCCUCCAUUAAAUUACACUUGUCUGCCGUGCGUUCACUCCAUAUGGACAAUGGUUUAUGUGAUCCUCUGCUCAACUGCCAUCAGUUGGAAUAUCUUAUUAAAGGAAUUAAGCAAGUGGAGGGUUCGUCCAGUCCAAGGCGUCUUCCCGUUACGAUUGAUCUAAUGAGGAUAAUCCACCAGUCUUUGGAUUUUACUUUCCAGGACAAUGUUAUGUUGUGGGCGGCAUGCUGCCUUGGUUUCUUUGGUUUUGUAAGGACAGGCGAAUUCACCGUUAACGGAUCAUCCUUUAAUGCAGAGACUCAUAUGACCAUCAGAGACAUUGAAGCCGAUUCAGAAGUCAAUUCUUCUUUCCUAAAAGUGCACAUAAAGCGCCCUAAGAUGGAGCCUUUUCGUAAGGAAUGCGACGUUUACGUUGGUAGAGGUGAUACUUGUAUGUGUCCACUUGAGGCUAUAAUCAGCUACUUAGAGGCUCGUGGAUCGACUUCAGGGCCCCUGUUCCUACAUCUCGAUGGCACACCAUUAACACGGCAAACGUUGUCGUCGACAUUGAAGUCCAUCCUUGACUCAGCUGGGUUUUCAAGUGCUCACUCAGGAUACAGCUUUCGGAUUGGGGCAGCUGAAACUGCAGCUUCACGGGGCGUUUCCGGUCAUCUCAUCAGAACGCUAGGGCGACGGUCGAGUAGAGCCUACGAUGAUUACAGCAGAACUCCUGUCUGUUCGAUUCUUCGUGUUACCAAACAAAUACUUUAGCAGGUACGAAUCGUGCGGUCUUUGUGUGGACAAUGGCCGUUAAAAACUGCUUUAAAUGAUUUCCAUCCCCUGGGCACCAAGUCUCCACCGACACUAAUAUUUUAACCUUGUUUUUAACUGUAACCUUUUUUCCUUCCAUCCGUCAAACCAUGGAACUAAUCAAUUUAAUUUUAACAAAAAUAUCUGGAAAAACCAUAUUAACGCUGGUAGUUACCAUUCUUCAAGCCUGCUACUCCAAGAGCGCAGUUAGGUAAACGUUUAAAGUGGUUUUGUCUUGGUGCACACUAGCAUCGAUUUACUUGAAUGUGCUUGAUAUGGGGUAGCCAAGUCUUGGCCCUUUGUCGCGUGACACUAAGGUCUCCACCGAGAGCUUGGUGUCGGAUGACACAGAAAGGUCCAGGACUGGAGCAGAUAAGGUUAGAGUAGCGAUAAGCACGGCUGUGGAUCAAUGUAACGUUAAGAAACUUUCUAUUUGUUGUUUGCAGAAAAAAUGCUCCGCGAUGCACCAUAUACGCUCAUCAGCGACCUUGCCAAACUUCUCAACCCUGGGGGUAGAUGGAAAGAGCUUGGAGGUCGUCUUGAUUUUAACAAUACGCAAAUAGGCAACUUUGCGCUAGUGCAACAGAAUGCCACACAAACAAUGCUAGAAGAAUGGGGCCACAGAGAUUGUGGGACAGUCGUAGCCCUCCAAAAACUAUUUCGUUCAAUGAAAUGGACAAAAGAAGAAAGAAUAUGUGCAGAGUACGUGUAGCGCUGCUUUUCGUGUUUUCAUCCGUCCGCUAAUUUCUUACGUCAUUCUCAAGAGUAGUGAGAAAGCAUUUUUGUCGUCGUUGUCUAUUCCUCGUGUACGUGGCCUUCUACGUGUGUAUCUCCUUUUAUUUAUUGGAUACAUCACUCAAGAAAUGGUAAAAGAGGAAAUAAUGAGAGCGUUCGUGUAGUGUACUCUCUUCUUCAAUGUGUUAGUUGUGCGUUUUUAAUGUUUUCAGGAAUUUUUGCAGUCACGAUUUUUCAUUUCCCUUUGUCCAAAAGGAUCAAACAGUACUCUGGAUUAUAGAAUUGUGAUCUCUAAACCACUGACAGUGUUUAAAACAGUGAAAAGCUUUACUUAGGGUGCAUUUUGGCUGAUAACAUGCAUGCGUACAUUGUUUAUGGAUUCCCCAUUCUCGAAGACUUUAUAAGGGCAGUUAAUCUGAAAGGAAUAUUUACGGGUCAAAUCAUGGCAGAAAAAGGUUACAAGAAAAACGAGAGAGCCCCUGGAAAGUUACUCCCCAUCGAGUCAGUUCCAAAAGCUUUUGAAUUCUCCAGUUCUUUUUGGCCAGAAGAUGUUUUCAACUCAAUCAGAAGUGACGGUUCGUUUUUGUCGUUAACUUUGCCUUUAGCGAUCAAGCCCGUAAAUAUCCCGCCCCCGUGUCUCAGUUCAAAGUAGCUUAGUCCUUAUUUGGAACUGUUUGUUUUCCCUUUUGGAUAUUUUUUAAAAAUGGAAGAUCGUGGCUUGGUCUCAAUCAAUACGCUUCUAGCGAUAACUUAUGUACAGUGCGUCUUAAAUUCUCGUGUAUAAUUUCUUAAUUUAUUAUUACUUCGCGCUUGUCAGUGGUUUUAAAUGAAACUGAAGAGACUUUGGAGUUCUUUGUUAUUGAAAAUAGCUCUCAGAGAAUAUUAAUUUUUCUUUAGAGAAAGUGCUUUGGGUAUCUACACAUUUGGCUAAGAAACAAAUGAAAUAACUGGUAUUAAAAUACCGUUUAGUAGUCACGUAGGUGACAAAACAAUGAUAAUUUGUACUGCAACCGCUUGAAACAGAAUAUGCCUCUUCAGAAGCUACAGGGACAUUUGAACAAUGGGAUUCCAGGGAUCAAGUUAGUAACUGAAGAUAGUUUUAAUUGGCCAAAGGCGUCCAAAGGUGACGAUUAGCGAAUCGCAGUUUUCACCCGAUUCUGAUCGCAAAGGCCUGGUCUUUAGUCUCCCUUAAACUUCCCCAAAUUUCACUCCGCAUUUCAAAAACGAAUAGUGACAGCUGAAAUGUAGCACCACAGGAUUUGGAUCACAGAGCUAAAAAACUUAAUAUUGAAGUCAGAUGAAAUGUGGCCAUAAGUGACUGAGUUAUACUAUUGUAAGGGCAAGAUCAAGAAAUGAGAGCACUUUCUAGAAAAAAUAACAUAAUGGGAACUGUCCGUCGCUUCGAACUCAUUACUCAUCUUGUAUUAUGAUUUUCUUUAAAAAGCAUUCAUAGCCUGAUGAACGAUUCUUUCUUUGCAAAUAGAUACUUAUAGCUUGGACAGUUGUUUUUCUCAAUAAAUAAUGCAUAGUUAGUCUUUGCAAAAUCUAUAUUUUGGAAACGUUUGCGCAAAUAAUACAUAUUUUCUUAUACCGAAUUAUUCUGCCUUAGUCACGGCCACGUUUGAGGAUAAAUUGGUACCGUUAAUAGUUGUUGUGAAGUUUUGGAUUCAUGAAUAUAUUUUAAUGUUGAAGAUUGAAUUUUGAGGAACUUUCUGAAAGCCAAAAACGAUUCGUUAUUUUAUGCGAUAUAAAUUGAUAAUUAUACAAUGUUUAAGAGGAGAAUAUUUUUGAAAGAAAGUGAGAGGGUUUCAGAUAAUCAUAUAAUAUUGAAAGAAUAAUAUUGUGUACAACAUAAAUCCUGCCAAUGGGAUGAUUUUAUACACAGGCAAAUGUUAGGCUAAAGAUAUUUUGUAAAGAACUGUAAAAAUUGAAAAACAUUCUUACACAUAGUUUGUGCGAUUAGGACUUAUCUAGUGUUAAUUAAGUUACUACAGUUGAAAAGCACAUUAUUCAAAAUGGUUUUACCUCGGUGAAAGGUAAACGUUACUCUCGGUAUUGCUCGCUUUGUUGUUCUAUUUCUGUCCUGUUCUUGAUCAACUUUGUUUAGAGCAUCAUUAGCAGUUGUAACACCAAAGUGAAGCCAAAAAAUUUUCUACCGUUCUUAGAAUUUACUUUUUCCUAAGUAAUUAGCCUCUUGUUAAUGGUUCUCUGUGGUUGGGCUUUUCCCAUCAACCUCAUGUCUCCAUGGAAUUGCCAAAAAAAGUUAUGGUAUGUCAUCCGAGUUUUCCUUUGUGGUUUAAUUUUACCAAUGGUUCAAAUUUCAUUUGUUUUUUACUAACGUUAGGUAUGGUAGUGUAUUAUAAUUAGUUUCAAAUAGAGGAGAGUAAAAUUUGAACCAAAAAUAAAAAAUUUAACCACAACAUAAGCAAGGUUAGGAAUACAUGACCACAACUAAUUUUCUUCCUCUCCAGCAGCACUGUCAGUGUGCCUUUUGUAUUAGAUCCUAAAGUGUGGUCAUUCUUAGCUACACUUCCAUGUAGAGGUGAAAAGUAGUCCUAAUUUCAGACAGAAACGCAAUUGUCUCUGUCUUUAUUUUAUUUUUUACUUUUUUUUUCUCACUCAAGGAGAUGUGGGGUUGAUGAACAUUUUGUUUCUUAAGGUUUUCUAUUACCUGCCACAAAUAAAACGCUUUUUAAAAAGGAAAGGUUUUAUUGACUUGGGAGGAUUAAAAAUCUUAUUUAAAAUACCUAAUUUAUUCACCAGGCAGUCAUUUUUGCUUGGACAUUUAAUGCAAAAGUAUUUAAAAUCCAAAAAUAUUUUUGCCAUAUACAAUGACAAUGUUAUUAUGCUGUUGUAACUAUUAGCAUUAAAAAGAUGUUCAGAUAAACUUGUCUCAGUGUUUGUCAAUAUGGGGGGAGUGGGCUGGCUGGUUGUGCUGUUCUUUCUUGGUCAUACAUCACUGAUGUACUGAAGUGGGG